UUUUUAAAAUUUCUUAUUAGUGUCGAAAACGUAAUUUAGACCCAUCUUGACGAUCUAAUAUGAUAGCGGGACACCCUAAAGGUAUUAAAUUGGUGUAAACUUUUCAAGGCUAGAAGGCUAGAAGAGAGGGUUGAAUAUGAAUUCUGUUCAGAUAGCAGCAGCUCAAAAUGAGGUUAAAGAUGUUGUUGGAGUUAUGAAGAAUAAUAUUGAUAAAGUUCUUGAGAGAGAUUCUAAACUUCAUGAUUUAGAUGACAGAGCUGCAUCUCUGGAGGCUAACAGUGGGAUCUUCCAGCAGAGUUCUGCAAGAUUGAGAAGAAAAUAUUGGUACCAAAACAUGAAGCUAAAGGUUUGUCUGGGAGGAGCAGGUGUAAUCCUUGUUAUCAUAAUAAUUAUCGCCAUUGUAGUUCAUGUUAAGAAUGAAUGAACAUCAUGGAACUCCCUUCAACAUCAAGAUCAUAAAAAAAUGUAUCUAUAAUAAUUUUAAAAUAAAUAUUAAUAUUGUUGA